AUGGAUCUCGAAUCAGCCACUCGUUUUUCUCCACAUUCAUCGUCUUCUAACAGUACUUACUCAAAGAAACCGAUGGCCCAAAUGAAAAGGCCCGGCCCAAAGACACCAAACUUUACAAAUGUAACCGAACCCGAAAAGGAUUUCAGGACAUCCGAUGAUCCAUCUUGUGUUGUGUUGGGAUUUUCACAAAGAAAGGAUCAUUGUAUUUUUGCUAAUAGGACUUGUACUUUUAUAGAGUUUUUCGAUGAGGAGGCGAUUUUUAACGAGCCCCUUUUGGUGGAUAGCAUGGCCGAGGGAAUGCUCCUAACACCGCCCGCUAUGAAAGAAGGGUUUAGUUGGAGCCAUUUUGGUGUGGAUAUUGGUGAUGAAGUUUAUUUCACUUUGUGGGAGGACUCAUCAUUAAUAACCGGCUCAGUCGAUAUAGUCAACAACAUAUCCACGUCCAUGCCACGUAGGACUGAUCCCUACACGAGCUCUGAUGACAAUGCAGAUGACAUGCACAAGAAACGAGCUGCAGGCUCCCUCAUGCAAGCACAAAAUAACAGCCUGCCUACCUAG